AUGCAGUUACACAAGCUAUGUAGUGCGGAAGAUGGUGAAGAGAUAGAGGACACUCGCCCGAACAUCGAUAAGAUUUUGGGCAAGAAAUUGGGCUCAGAGAUGGAUGACAUCGAAGAUGAUCUGAUUGGCGGCAUUCCUUUGGCGCACUAUUCCCACAAGCUCUCAUACAAUGGCAAACAAGACAAGGAGGCAUCGCAGGGGCGUGUGUACUACAACAUUAAAUGGCAGGGAAGGAGCCACCGCCACAACACAUGGAACUCCGCAGUACAACUUAAGACAGCGCACGCUGGGCAGGGCGUGAAGGGUCUGGGUAAGCUACAGAACUACAUCACCGAAGACACAAACUACUCACAGUGGCUGCAAACGGCCCCAAAGGAAGAGGUUGAGUACGCCGAGGUUGAGCGGCAGAUGAUUGCGAGCCUCAACCUAACUCAUACGAGGUUAGAGCGUGUGGUAGCAGAACGCACCGUGUACGCGAGCGACGACGGAUUGGCCGAAGAGGUGGACGAGGAUGACAGCAGCUAUGACGAGGAUAGAGAAACCAAACACAUGUUCCUGUGCAAAUGGGAAGGACUGCCGUACGAGGAAUGCACGUGGGAGUACGAGGACGAGAUAGCCAACGAUCAACACUUGGUGGACGCGUUUUUGGAUCGGGAAGAGGCCAAUACCUUACCUACACCCAAUUGUGCCGCUCUGAAAAAGCGACCCAAAUUCAAGGAACUGAAAACACAGCCGAAUUAUAUCGGGAAGAUGCUGAGUGAGAAAGACAAGAAGCUUGCCAGUGAUGCAAAAGAAACAGAUGAGGAGGGACCGAAGGAGCUAAUAAUGCGCGACUACCAAUUGGAAGGCCUGAACUGGAUUGUGCACAACUGGUGCCAGGACCACUCGGCUAUUCUGGCAGAUGAGAUGGGCUUGGGAAAAACCAUCCAGGCCUUCGAUGAGUGGACUCCGGACUUAAACGUAAUUACGUAUUUGGGGAACAAGCAAAGCCGUAAAAUCAUCCGCGACCACGAGUUCUACACCAGCACCGCGAACCGCAAGAAAAAAUACGUGAAGUUUAACGUGCUACUAACGUCGUACGAGAUCGUCAGCAAGGACGCCAGCGUGCUGCUGCCGUUCAAAUGGGCGUCGCUGUUAGUGGACGAGGCGCACAGACUCAAGAACCACGAGAGUCAACUGCACAACGUACUAGCGUCCUUCUCCACUAACCACCGUCUGCUAGUCACAGGCACACCUCUGCAGAACUCACUCAAGGAGUUAUGGGCCCUGCUCAAGUUCAUCGAGCCUGGACGCUUCCCUACGUGGGAAGAUUUCGAGGAUGAAUUCGGAACGGACCUUCAAUCGUCAAAGAUAGUCAAACUGCAAGACCAGGAGCUGAAACAACUCAUGAUACGCCGUGUGAAAAAGGAUGUGGAGAAGUCUCUGCCCAACAAAGUGGAGCGCAUUCUGAGCGUCAACAUGGGAUCACUACAGCGAGAGUACUACCGCCACAUCAUCAACAAGAAUUACAGCGUGUUGCGCAAAGGGAACAACCGAGGAACGCUACUCAACACAAUGAUAGAGAUGAAGAAGUGCUGCAACCAUCCAUUCCUAGUCAAGGAACCUGAAUUCGAAGACACAAACACCGGUGACAUGACAGCCAGCGAACGUAACAUCGACCGCCUCAACGCACUAGUCAAAAAUAGUGGGAAAUUAGUUUUACUGGACAAACUAUUAAUGCGACUUAAAGAGACGGGCCACCGCGUGCUGAUUUUCUCUCAGAUGGUGCGCAUGUUAGACAUCAUCAGCGAGUAUCUGCGGCUGCGGGGGUUCAUAUUCCAACGACUCGACGGGUGCACUAAGAAUGAGCAGCGCAAACAGGCCAUGGACCACUUCAACGCCCCCGGAUCGGUGGACUUCUGCUUCAUUCUUUCCACACGCGCGGGUGGUUUGGGCAUCAACUUGGCCACCGCCGAUACGGUGAUCAUCUUUGACUCUGACUGGAAUCCACAGAACGAUCUACAGGCAGAGGCACGGGCACACCGAAUAGGACAGAAGAAGGUCGUGAAUAUCUACCGAUUGGUGACGAAAGACUCGGUGGAAGAGAAUGUGUUGAAACGCGCCAAGCAGAAGCUGGUACUAGACCAUGUUGUGAUUCAGAGCAUGGACAGCAGUGGUCAUGCAGUGGUGGGCAAACGAGGCAAAGACGCUCCCAACUUCGACAAAACAGAGAUCAGUCAGAUGAUGAAAGUGGGUGCGGAGAGUCUCUAUGAAGAAGACGGCGAUAGCAAGGCCACGAAGAAUCUCGAGGAAAUGGAUCUGGAUGCCAUUCUGUCACGUGCGGAUGUGUUAGCGGAAGAGGAGGACCGUUCAGCAACCGCUGAGUUCCUGUCUCAGUUCAACACAGUGAGCUUUGUACAAGAUGAGAAGGAGUGGGAAGACAUUAUCCCAGAACACGCCAUGGACAAGAUACUCGAAGACGAAAAAACCCGCCAAUUCGAAGAGGAGGAAAAGGAGCGAUACGCACUGAUCACAUUUGGAUCGCGCGAGCGCAAACCAGUUGUGUAUGCCGAUGCACAGGCAGAGGCAGCUGUGGCAACUGUAAAGAACAAAGCCAAAGCCAAAGACACCAAAGCACCUGCGAAGGGGUCGUUGGACUCAGAGGCCAUGGAAGAAGGUGACGCCAAGAAGAUGUUACGCGGCGUGCGCAAGUACCCAAAUAUAGUAUGCCGCAUAGACGACAUAGCAGACGAGACCAACAUGACCAACAAGAACAUUGCAGGGCUGCAGGAGAUGGCCCUCAUGUACAUGGCUGACUUUGACCGAGUGGAUGAACAGCUCAAUGGAGAGCCCACAGUGACCCCGACUGCACCAAAUGGGACCGAUGGGGACAAAAACGCAGCUGCCCUGCCCAAUGAGGGCUAUCUGACGGGUGUGGGUACCCGAGUGCUUCAGGAAUUGGGCCGAAGGGAUCGCGACAGCUGUCUGUUGGGCCAACGUCUGUCCAACUUCCAACGCUUUAGACUGCACAACAUGAGGGGCGUUCAGAAAUGGAAUUGCAAAUGGGGAGUGGCUGACGACGCGCGGCUGAUGUUUGGGGUCUACAAAUGGGGCUUUAACAAUUGGGAAACCAUCAAAGACGAUCCCGAGUGCGAGAUGGCUGACAAGGUGUUGCAAGACGAUGUACCGCCUCAAACGAGUCACCUGCAGCAACGGGGAAUGUCUCUGCUCAAACAUCUGUCGCACACACAGACGAAGCCUCAGGUGAAGACCACCACUACAGCCACAGCAAAGAGCAAAAAAACGGUUAAGAAGACAGUCUCACGAACAAGCAGCACUAUGCCAGACGAUAAAGAAGUUGAAUUCAUAGCGGAGUGCAAGAAAACCAUGUACGACGUACGCAAGCACCUCAAAGCCAUGGGCAAACUUAGUGCCAAGGCCACUCACAGUGUCGAUCUCUCCAAGGAUCCUGAGCUCAUCAAGCACCUACUUGUAGUAGGAGACCACAUCACACGUGUGGUUAGCGCCAUCAGCUCAGAAGCCGACCGAGCCACUACUACGCAGCGGCUGUGGACAUUCUCAGCCAACUACCACCCCAUCGAAGACCCCAAGAAACUCCAAGACUACUAUAUGCGAAAGUCCGGAAAAUCGAAGGUCAGGUCGGACUCCACUUCCAUAUCAAAGUCCAAAUCAAAAUCCAAGGACAAGUCACGAGGAACAGAUGACUACCAACCCCACAAGCAAUCACCACAGGCCAAACAAACGGCACACGCCACAAUAACAGCCGACUCGCACGCGGCAGACAACGAGCACAGUGCCAAGAGAAGCAGGAGCAGAGACAGGAGUCGCAGUGUGGACCGGAGCAGGAGUAGGAGCAGAGAGCGACACCGGAGUAAAAGGAGUCGGAGCAGGGCAGGGAGCACGCUGCGGAGUAGGAGCACGAGCAGAGACCGAUACGCUACUACUAGCAAUGCCAGAGACUCGACCAGGGCUCACACAGAUGCACAGCAUAGGCACUCACGCUCACCGCCACGCCGAAAUUUGCGUUCACGUUCACGUUCACGUUCACGUUCGCGUGCUCGUACACAUUCCAGGUCACGCUCACGGGAUAGAGCCAACUACAGAUCAGCACGCGAUGGAGAAGGAGACGCUGAGAAACACGCCAGCGACGCGGAAAGAAGCGCGAAGCACCUGUCAGACGACGACAUGGACAUCAGCGACAGAGACGGUGAGGAUGUAGCCUAUGACACGGCACAAGACACUCAAGACACACAGCACACACAACACACACAGCAGGAUAGUGCUACGAGUGCACGAGAACACAGCCACUCGCCAAGUGGCGCACAAGCACAAGCACGCCACGACAGUGACCAUGACAAACACGCAGACAGUGAGGUUGAUGCGGCUAAUAAGUGGAGCAGACAGAGGGAAGGGAGUGCACAUCCACGUGAGAGUGGGGAGGAAAGCGAUGGUCACCACACACACACUGACCAGGGCCACUCGCCCACACACACGCACUCACCAUCGCACACACGUGCACGUGAACGCUCAUACAGCCGCAGCCCACGAGCGGCUCAGGAGCGUGCAGCCUCACGCAGUCCCCAGAAACGUCGCAUCACGCUCAGCCCCGAACUUCGGGGCGGGAGUCCUCCGCCAAUCAGAUCGCAAGAAAGUCCGGGCCGACCCAGGCGCAGACACGGGCACAGUCGCAGCCUCAGCCCCUCCAAGCCACACCGUAACAGCAGCCCUGCCAAGCACGGGACAGGCACUGACAGACUACGCGACACCUCACGAGAACGGGGGAGGUCUAGAGAACGGGACAGAUCCUUGUCCAAAGAAAGGGACUGGGACAGGGCAGGAGAACGAUCCAGAGACAGGAAGAGAGGGGACUCCCACAAACCACACAGUCACAGGAGACCGUCGUCCAUCGACCGCGAUAGAAAUUCUGCCGAAAGUGGCGGAAAUAAUCGAUCACCCGCGAAGGCGUCAUCGGCGCGUCUGGCAGUGCGCAGUAGCAACAGCUACCGAAACACACACACCUCAGGUACACGCUCACGCUCACGCUCACGCUCACGCUCACGCAUGCCAAAGCGGGACGGAAAGCGGGACGACCACCGGUACAAGGAGCAAGGCAGGAGCAGCGACAGAGCACCCGAUGCGAAGGGUGAGGAGAGCAUCGACAGAGACAGAGACGAUAACAAGGGAAGUGUGCACGACAACACGACCACCAGUAGUCGGCCGAGCGAACGCGGUAGGGAACGCGAGAGAGAGAGGGACAGGGACAGGGAUUACACGCGGGAGAAAGGCCACAGGCGUAGAGACUCGGACGCACACCGGAUCAGGCAUCGCACCAGUGGGACGAGCCAUGACUGCUGA